UAAAGAUGGUAGCUGUCGGCAAGCGCAAUGCUUCUCUACUGUUAAUCUUAUUUAUGGUUUUGUGAAUAUUUCUCCUAUCGUUACUAUUCUUUAAUUUAAGAAUAUACUUUUAACUUCUUUUCUUAUAUCAAAGAAUGGAACAAUGAUGUUCAAGAGAAUUUUAACAUUACGGACACCGAGCAGGUUAACUUCCUUAACGACAAAGAAAAGCUUUGACACAGGUAUUUCAUCAACAUCCAAGGUUAUAUCUCGAACAUUAUCAGAACAAAACACAGAUAUAGACAUAGACGUUGUGGAAAAAUGGGACUUGUUAAGUGCUGUUUGUUUAGAACGUCAUCCAGUAAUUACAAAAUCUAUGCUGGAUAUAGAAACGAGGUUCCACGAUAUGCUACAACAGGUGGAGCUUGAGAAUAGUAUGAUAUCAGAUUUUGAGAUGCAAAAGCAAAACAAUAAAAAUCGAAAGACGAUACAAGAUCUCGAAGAUUCUUGGAAAGAGGAAUUUACAAACUUUAAAUUCGCAGAGAGAAUAAGCAAAAAUGAAGAGGAUAACGCGGUUGUGUCAUUGAGACGAAAAUUGGAUAAAAAUUUAGUAUUACUAGUAGAACAAAAAAUAGGUGAUUCCAAUUUCUGGAUCCCUCCACAAAGUAUAAGAAAACACAGGGAAACUAUGAUACAAACUGCACAUAGAACUAUACAAGAAUUAUGUGGAAAUAACAUCAAAGUCAAAUUUUAUGGUAAUGCACCAAUUGGAUUUUAUCAAUAUAAAUAUCCUAAAAAUUUACAAGAGAGAGGCCAAAAUGGAGCAAAAAUUUUUUAUUUCUUAGCAAAAUAUAUAAGCGGAGAUAUUUCUUCCGAUAUAAAGCAUUGUUGGUUAGAUAGAGAGGAACUUAAAAAAAACCUACAUCCCAAUCUUCAUAAAAGUUUGGUCAAAUUCUUAUUACCUGAUUAAAUUAUUACACAAGGUAGAGAAUUUUUAAAUACACGUGUGAUGCAAGAAAUGUUGAUUAAAUAUCUGUUUGUAUAAUAAAUAUUCAAAUUAUAAA